AUGUUCGUCCGACUGAAUGUGCUGUGGAUUCUAGGCCUUACUUUCCAGCUGCUGAUUGCUUGUUAUGCAACGGUGUCAGCUCGUUCGGUGCCUAUCAGUGAAAACGACUUGACCCACAUUGAAGCGCAUCCCGAAGAAUUUUGGUUUGUUAAGUUUUAUGCGCCAUGGUGUGGUCAUUGUAAGAAACUGGAGCCUAUUUGGAACGACUUGUCCGAAAAGAUGGAAGGCACUAUUCGUUUGGCGGAAGUCAACUGUGAAGACCAUCGUGCGAUGUGUAGCACCCACAAAAUCACCGGUUUGCCUACACUGAGACUGUACGCUCACGGAUCAAAUUAUGAUUAUCGUGGCCCACGUUCCCUUGAUGAUCUUGAGAAUUAUGCGCACAAAAUGACCGAGCCUCCCGUGAAAGCCGUGUCGCAUGAUGAAUUGAUGAAUCGAUUCGAAAAGGAGAAUAUUGUGUUUGCUUUGGUUCACCGAGAAAACCAAGACGAAAAGGUUCAAGAGCUUGUCUCCCAAAUCGCUCCUCGAUUCCUCGAUCAUAUUACAUUCUAUACAACCACCGACGCAAAGACCAGAACCUCCUUAGGGUUAUCGUCCGUGGAUCUUCCAGUGGCAGUGAUCGUCAACCAAAAGGAUCAGCUGCAAAUCGUAUACCCGCAUGACUUGUCCGACAAAGACGCUUUAUCUUUGUGGAUCGAUCAACACAAGUAUGGCCUGGUCACGGAACUGACGGCUGCGAAUUCCAAUGAGAUUCUGCAAAGUGAUCGUUUGGUGGCGGUGGGUGUGAUGCAUCCCGAAGAUACGUCGUCUCAAGCAAAAUUCCAUGACAUGGCUUAUCAGGCCCACAAAGCCUCUUUACCGGUAUCCAUGUUUGCCCAAUUGGACAGCGUGCGUUGGUCGACUUAUGCUCAGAAAGCUUACGGAUUGUCCGGAUCCAAAAUCCCCGGCAUUGUGAUUGUGGAUCACGCGCAUAAACAGUACUUUAAUGGCGAUGCCCAGGGAAAUCCAUUUUCCCUUGAUCAUCCGGAAGCCGUGGUAAAGAGUUUGGAGAACAUCUCUGCCUUGCAAGGGGUGCCUAUGGCGACGCCUUCUUCUCCAAGUAUGGUGCAUAAAAUCCUGACAUUUAUUGGUGAUCAUUGGCUUCUUUGUAGCGGAGUGGUAUUGGCCAUGUUUGGCGUGUUGUUCAUGCUCGUGACAAUGGACUCGCCCUCGCCCGAGGCUACAUCUAAGAAAACAGAGUAA